CGGUAUGUGCGGUUUUCGACCGAACGUAAACAUAACCUCGUUAUGCUUCGUUACCACUGAUCUGUUGUUCCUGGAACAAGAUAUUUCUUACGUAACGAAAUAGCAUUGGCUAAUGGCAAUCGAGUAACAGUGAGCAAUAACAAUGAAUAUGUUCACAACAUGUUUGCUGCGAUAAAGGUUUGCAUAAAUCCAAAGCAGAGCCAGUCGCUGUUGCCACUCCGUUUAUGAUGGAUGGAGGAUCACGAGAUUCGCUCGUAAAGAUUCUCUUUUUCGCCAAGGCUCGCGAGUUGUCCGGCCUAAAGGAGUCUCAGGCUACGCUGCCGGCUAACAUCUCUUAUCAAACUUUGCUGGAUACUAUUAUUGAGAAAUUUGGACUCGAAAGUAUUCGCAAUUCUGUCAUCUUGUCUCACAACGAAGAAUACGUUGCAGCCAACGCAACGCUUAACCUAUCCGACAGGGACGAAAUUGCAGUUAUUCCCCCGCUCAGUGGAGGUUAG